UGUCUGACGGACGGCUUCAUCGUCAGCUGUAAGAUCUAUCACCUCCAUCAUCAUUUUUUUUCUCUUCUCUACAUUGAUUCUCCAUCAUUAUCUUUUUCUUCUCUACAUUGAUUUUGUCAGAAAUUCGUGAUUCGAUAUUAUGGCAAGUCCAGCUAAAAUCAAUCAACUCAAGGAUAUAAAGAAUAAGAACUCUAUAAGAAGGGAAGUCUUAUGGAAUUCUAUUUCUCUAGAAAAAGGGAAGUCUCUAUCAGAUUAUCCCGAAGAGAUCAUCUUCAAUAUUCUCGUUUGGCUUCCAGCCGCAUCUCUUUAUAACCUAAGGCGUGUAUGCAAGAACUGGUUAGACAUAAUCUCUAGCCCUUGUUUCAUCCAGUGCCACCUCGCUCGAGUCCAACCGUACAUCAUCGAAAGAAAAACACUUUGGAAUAAUCACAUUCGUUCCGUGUAUGUAAAAGAUUCUGAAAUAAGGGUAGGAAAUCUGGCUCUAGGUGGUGAUUGGGAGAUCUUAGCUACCUGUAACGGAUUGCUUUUGGUAAAAGACCAUUCAAACGACAUUCAUAUCUCCAAUCCAGCUACCAAGCAAUUGCUACCGCUUCCCACAUGUUCUAAAUCUUGUGACGACUACCAACUUCUACAUGACUUGGAUGUGGACUUCGACUACGCGGAACUCGACUUUUAUAGAUUUGGAUACGCUCCUUCCACUGCGGAAUAUAAAGUGGUGCACUUCUUCCACGAUGGAAAGCAACAGUGUGAGAUACUAACGUUAGGUUUGGAUUCAUGGAGAAGGAUUGAUAUCUCGUUUCUCGUUCUGCCAUUGAUAUUCAAUAAGCAACUAUUGCUGAAUGGGGUUUUGCAUUGGGUGGUUGGUUAUCAUUAUAUAAUGUCUAUGGAUAUUGCCCAAGAGACGUUUGAUGAAACGCCGAUUCCAAGUUGCAUCGGGCCAAAUCUUGAUACACUUUCAAUGGAUGAAACUUUUUAUCUUACAGAGAUUAGAGGCUCUCCAUCUCUCAUUAACCGAAUAUCUCAUGUUGAAUUUGAAGUUUGGAUCUUAAAGGACUUUCAGAUAAAAGAGUGGAUAAAAUUGAGUAAUAUCGAUGCGACUGCAAGAGGCAUAAUUAAUCUUAUUCCUCUUCUAGGCUUGAGAAACGACGAGGUCAUUUUCAAGUCUCGUAAAAAGAGAAGCGGGCAAUUGGUCUUGUCCACCUACGAUUUAAAACUCCAGACGAUGAUUCUGGUCAAACUAUAUCCAAGAGAGCUUCAGAUUUUCUCUAUGAUUACUCACUUCGACACCCUAGUUUCUUUGAAGUUUCAAAAAUAAUAUUAAGAUUCUGGUACUAAUGUUACUAGUGGAAAUUGAAUACU